GCCGGGCGGCCGGCGGCGCAUCCGGGACACGGCGGACAUCCUCCUGCGCAGGGACGGCUCGGUCAGCGCGCGGCGGGAGUCCGGAGCGGCGGCGUGGUCGUGGUCAGUUUCAGCGGCAUUUGUCCACCUGAUGCCUCCAGGACAGGCCCCGCAGAACACUGGCUGCUCCCAAAGUGAUGCUUGGCUGCCUCCUCACUUGAGACCUGCCCGCCCAGCCGACAUCUGCAGGGGAAACAGACAUACUUUUCUCUUCGCACAGGCUCUCCACCCUGAAAGCCCCGGGCAGGCGGAGGGUGGAUGCAGGGCUUCCACAGGGCUGUGCCUCCUUUCACCUCCAGCCUUCUCUGUUCUUAUGUGAAUCCACACACUGCCCUACUUUUCCGUGUGUGUUUGUUUUUUUGUCAGUUUUGAUGCUAAAAUUUUUCACAAGACCCAUUCUUCACGCCUGGGUGCCUCACGUGACCCGUCCACCAGAGCCCACAACAAUGGUGUCACCGGCCAGCUCGGAAGCCCAGGUGGUGCAGUCGCUGGGCUUCGCCAUCUACCGCGCGCUGGACUGGGGGCUGGCCGAGCACGAGGAGCGGGAGCUCAGCCCGCAGCUGGAGCGGCUCAUCGACCUCAUGGCCAACAGCGACUGCGAUGAUGACGGCGGUGGCGGGACGGCCGACGAAGGAUACGGGGGUCCCGAGGAGGAGGAGGAGGCAGAGGGCGGCCCCCGCACCGUGCGCACCUUCGCGCAGGCUAUGCGCCUGUGCGCCGCGCGCCUGACCGAGCCCCGGGGCGCACAGACCCACUACCAGGCCGUGUGCCGCGCGCUCUUCGUGGAGACGCUGGAACUGCGCGCCUUCCUCGCCAGGGUCCGAGAGGCCAAGGAGAUGCUACAGAGGUUCCGGGAAGAUGAACCGCAGGCAGAGAAGCCCCUUGUGGAGCUGGAUAGCCUGAGGCGCACAGACUGGGCCCGACUUUGGGUCCAGCUCAUGCGGGAGCUCCGCCAUGGGGUGAAGCUAAAGAAGGUGCAGGAGCAGGAGUUCAACCCCCUGCCCACAGAGUUCCAGCUUACCCCCUUCGAGAUGCUCAUGCAGGACAUCCGCGCCAGGAACUACAAACUGCGCAAGGUCAUGGUUGACGGGGACAUCCCUCCCAGAGUGAAGAAAGAUGCCCACGAACUCAUCCUGGACUUCAUCCGCUCCCGGCCUCCACUGAAGCAGGUCUCAGAGAGAAGGCUUCGCCCCUUACCCCAGAAGCAGAGAACUCUGCACGAGAAGAUCCUGGAGGAGAUCAAGCAGGAACGCAGGCUGCGCCCCGUGGAGGGCAGGCGCUGGGACGGCCGGGGCGAGCGGGGGUUCGGCUCUCUGCCCUGCAUCCUCAAUGCCUGCUCUGGGGACGUCAAGUCCACUUCCUGCAUCAACCUGUCCAUCACGGAUGUUGGGAGCAGCGCCCAGCGCCCAAGGCCCCGAGUUCUGCUCAAGGCGCCUACUUUGGCUGAGAUGGAAGAGAUGAACACCUCUGAGGAGGAAGAGUCACCGUGCGGAGAGGGGACGCUGAAGCGAGACCGCUCUUUCUCGGAGCACGACCUGGCGCAGCUCCGGAGUGAGGUGACCUCUGGCCUGCAGCCAGCCCCUCAGCCCCCCGGAGGCCUGGAGUUGCCCCGGCCUCGAGCAGGCAGCAUGCAAUCCUGGAGGCCCAGCCCCCUGGAGCCGGGUUCCCUCCCCGUCAGUGUCCAGUCCCAGCCUGACCCCAGCUCCCUACCACGCAGUGACGUGGGCUCAGUCGAGGACAGGCAGGGGGCCUCUGCGGCCCCGGACAACAGUCACCUGUGGCUGGAGUUCAGCCACCCUGUGGAAAGCCUGGCUCUGACAGUGGAAGAAGUGAUGGAUGUGCGCCGUGUGCUGGUGAAGGCAGAGAUGGAGAAAUUCCUGCAGAACAAGGAGCUCUUCAGCAGCCUGAAGAAGGGGAAGAUUUGCUGCUGCUGCCGAACCAAGUUCCCACUAUUCUCAUGGCCGCCCACCUGUCUCUUUUGCAAGAGAGCCGUCUGCAACUCCUGUAGCAUAAAGAUGAAGAUGCCUUCUAAGAAGUUUGCUCACAUCCCCGUCUACACACUGGGCUUUGAGAGUCCUCAGAGGCUGUCAACUGCCAAAACCACACCAACACAGAGAAGAGACGCGUUCCAAUCCCUGCAAGGGCUGCAGUGGCGGAGCGUGGAGGAAGAGUUCCCGCACAUGUACACCCACGGCUGUGUCAUGAAGGAUGUGUGCACUGACUGCACUGGCUUCGUGGCGGAUGUGGUCCACUCCAGCCGCAGGAGUGUGGAUGCCCUCAACACCACGCCACGUCGUGCCCGCCAGACCCAGUCCCUGUAUGUCCCGAACACCUGGACACUCGACCUCAAGUGAUGACCCGUAGCCCCUGGGCUGCCUGGCAAAUGCUUCUCAAGGUGCCCCCAGACGGCCAUGCCUCCAGGGAGGAGCUGGGCUAGGCCUGGACCCAGGCUGAUGAGUCUCCAUCCUGGGACAAGAACCCCCAUCCUCCUGAUGUGCAUGUACAUAUAUACAUAUGUUUAUAUAAUAUAUACACACAGCCUAUAUAUUUAUAUUCACGUCCCCUGGCCCCCAGAGCUCACUCCAGGACCCUCCCUGGGGAGACUGUUCCUCUCAGGAUUCCUUGGGCGGGGUGGGGG